CUCCGGAAGUAGUUGAGAAAGCGGAAGCGCCGGACUCAGGGUGUCGACUGUGUUCUCUUCGGUUCGUCGCCACCAUGGGGAAGCGACAGCACCAGAAGGACAAGAUGUACAUCACCUGUGCUGAGUACACUCACUUCUAUGGUGGCAGGAAGCCAGAUAUCACACAGACAAGUUUUCGCCGCUUACCUUUUGACCACUGCAGUCUCUCUCUCCAGCCUUUUGUCUACCCAGUCUGCACCCCGGAAGGUGUCGUCUUUGACUUGCUGAACAUUGUUCCAUGGCUUAAGAAGUAUGGGACCAAUCCCAGCAAUGGAGAGAAACUUGAUGGGAAGUCCCUGAUCAAGCUGAACUUUGCAAAGAACAGUGAAGGGCAGUACCACUGUCCAGUGCUGUACUCCGUGUUCACCGACAACACCCAUAUUGUGGCCAUCAGGACAACUGGCAACGUCUACACCUAUGAGGCAGUGGAGCAGCUCAACAUCAAGGCCAAGAACUUGAGGGACCUGUUAACUGAUGAGCCCUUUUCCAGGCAAGACAUCAUCACCCUGCAGGACCCCACCAAUUUGGACAAAUUCAAUGUUAGCAACUUCUUCCAUGUGAAGAAUAACAUGAGAAUAACAGAUCCAGAUGAGGAAAAGGCCAAACAGGAUCCAUCUUACUAUUUGAAAAAUACAAAUGCGGAGACGCGAGAGACGCUGCAGGAGCUCUACAAAGAGUUCAAAGGAGAUGAGAUUUUGGCAGCUACCAUGAAGCCACCUGAGAAGAAGAAGGUGGACCAACUGAAUGCCGCCCACUACUCCACAGGGAAGGUCAGUGCGUCCUUCACCUCUACUGCCAUGGUUCCUGAGACCACGCAUGAAGCAGCUGUCAUUGAUGAGGACGUACUGCGGUACCAGUUUGUGAAGAAGAAAGGCUAUGUGCGGCUACACACCAGCAAGGGCGACCUCAACCUGGAGCUGCACUGUGACCUGACUCCAAAAACUUGUGAAAACUUCAUCAAGCUCUGCAAGAAACAGUAUUAUGAUGGGACCAUCUUUCACAGGUCCAUCAGGAACUUUGUGAUCCAGGGCGGUGACCCCACAGGUACAGGUACAGGUGGAGAGUCAUAUUGGGGCAAGCCUUUCAAGGAUGAGUUCCGUCCCAACCUUUCACACACAGGCCGUGGGGUGCUCAGCAUGGCCAAUUCUGGGCCCAACACCAACAAGUCUCAGUUCUUCAUCACAUUCCGAUCCUGUGCUUACUUGGAUAAGAAGCAUACCAUCUUUGGACGGGUUGUUGGGGGCUUUGACACGCUGACAGCUAUGGAGAAUGUAGAGAGUGACCCCAAAACUGACCGUCCUAAGGAGGAAGUGCGCAUAUGCACAACCACAGUGUUUGUGGACCCCUAUGAGGAGGCUGAUGCCCAGAUUGCCCAGGAACGGAAGAAGACACAGCACCAGGUGGAUCCAGAGGCCAAGGUCAAGGUCAAGAUGAAUCAGCCCCAGCCUGGAAACCAGGGCCCCCAGACAUACCGCCAGGGGGUCGGCAAGUACAUUAACCCUGCGGCCACGAAACGAGCAGCAGAGGAAGAACCUUCCACCAGCGCUACCAUCCCCAUGGCCAAGAAAAGGCCCAGUCGGGGCUUUGGGGACUUCAGCUCCUGGUAGCAGCAGGCUGGCGUCAGGGAUCCUGGUAGGGAUUGGAGGGCUGUGGGCUUCCAGGUCUGUCCCUGAGCUUUCUGCCCUUGUCAUCAGUUUGAGCUAUGAGCCAAUAAACCUGUUGCCUACGACCUGGGUCCAGUUUUGGCCCCUGGGACUCCUGGCAUUUCCCAUCCUCAUCUGGUGCUAAUGGUCUCUGCCUCAGGAUGGCUGUGUGCUCACUCAACACAUUCCUUGGCCAGUGCUACCACCUGUGUGUCCUGUUAAAAAUGGAGGUUUUAAAGGGGCCCCUAUAGUCCCAGCAUUCAGAAUACCAAGGCACAAGGGGUGGAGCGUUCAAGGCCAACCAUGGCUGUCUCAAGAGAAGUGUAGAUAAGGAGAUUGAGAUCUGGAUCCUGAGGCAGGAGCUUCUACCCGCAGGCUGUUGUGACAAAGCCUUAUGGUCUUUCUCACCUCGAUACCACUUCAACAAAGUGCUUGUCCUCCCCUUGCUUGGGACAGGCAUGUUUGUUGUCCUGUCUACUCAGUUGCCUACCUCUCUGCAUCAACUAUGAGUGACCUGUUGAGUCCAGGUGCCUCUCAUAGCAUGUGCUCUUAUGUGAGCCGAAGACAGGUGGCUCCUUCUGACUCUUCUGUUUUUCAGACAGUCUGUCUUAUACUCUUGGCUGUCCUACAAGUCACUAUGUAAUACUAAGUUGGCCUUGAACUCAGAGAUACACUACCUCCCCAAGUAGGAUUAAAGGCAGUUGCCGCCAUGCCUGGCUUACCAACUUUUGAUUUUAGGACAGUUUUCAGUGUGUGUGGUGAAAAGGACCCAUUGGGCCCACGUGUCCAAACCACUCACAGCCACCUGCUUUUCAGUGCUUUCCACCGCUGUGUAAGUGUGGGCAGAUUCCCCCUCUGGAGGAGACAGCAGUGUUAUGUCACUAAGUGCCAUCCUUAGAGUAUGCCACAUAACAUUGUAACUUAGACUUGAUUUUUACCCCAAAUCUUGAAUCUACAAAAUCUCCAAAGUUGUUGAUUCUGGGAUGUAGCUAGUAUUUGUUUGCAUUUCUGAUGUUAAACCUUUUGUGUCUUUGGGAGUCUGCCUUGCUUUACUGCCCUGCCUUCCCCCUCUCCACUUCCAGUUGCUGUUGCAUGACUGCUGCUCACCUUGAUACUUCUUGAUACACCUUGAUACUGCUCACCUUGAUACUUCUCCAGCCCAGCACACGACAGCCACCUGCCUGGGCUGUCAGUCCACAUCCAAGACUGCAUUGCCCUUCCACCCUGCCUUCCUAUACCUCUGUCAACUCCUCUGGCUAUAGCCGGAUACCUCACAGUUAUGACAGGUCACAAUGUGGGUCUAGAUACAGCAGGUAGGAGUACCAUCAAGGCCACACAAGAUCCUGUCCUCUAAAAUAAAAACAAGAAACAAAAGAGGCAGAUUGUGAGAGCUUGGACUGAGUCCCAGCAGGGGGGCUCUGCAGGGAGAGGGGCUGCUGGUGCCUAACUGUGUUCUCACAAUCUUCUCAGGCCAUACUUAAAAGCUCCCUACAAGGUGGUGGUAGAAGCAUCAGGAACCCAGAAGCCCUGGGUCCUCAACGGGCUGUGGAUGCUGCAGGAGUGUGGUUCGUCUCCCACAGCACGGCCUCCUAGAUGGCGAGCCGCUUCGGAAACCUUGCUGUUGACAACAGAAGCUUUAUUUUUAUACCUCACACAGACAUGCCACCAAGGGCUGACAGCUUUGGCUACAGACAGGGAGGCCAAGGGCACUCUGUAUGCUUGGGCUUGCUUUCCUCUGCUCAUGGUGAACUCGCAGUUGCUUCCACAUCACUCUACUGUCAGCCUUGCUCAGCAGCCUGCACCUGUCCCAUGGGCAGCUGUGUCCUCUUCUCUUGCCCUCCAGCACAGAGGACAGGCCACCGGGGCUUGCAUUUCCAUGAGUUGGUUGUCUACAGCUUAAAUGGUAGUUUUUUGGACAGUAAAGACACUUGGAUUUUGAAAACUGUCUGAUGAGGUCAUCAGAAAAUAAAGGACUUUUUUGAGAAAGAAAAA